CUGGCGGCAUGAGCGGCGCCCUCCUCCCAACCCGCUGCCUCGCCGACCUGGCUCGUGGCGACCUGGCCUCGCUGCGCGGCUUCCUCUCCGGGCAGGGGACGCGCGGCACGUCGCUCGCGGCCCAGCUCGACGCGCGGCACGACACCGAGAAGCAGGACACGCUGCUGACCUGGGCCGCUCGUCACGGGCAGGCCGAGGCGGUGCGGCUGCUGCUCGAGGGCGGCGCGAGCGUCGGGGCGACGACUGGCGGCGGCGCUUCCGCGCUGUAUAUCGCGUGCCAGGAGGGGCAGAUUGAGUGCGUGCGGCUGCUCGUCGAGGCUGGCGCGGCGACCGACCAAGCCCAUCGGAACGGCGCCACGCCGCUGCUUGUCGCGUGCCAGAAGGGCCACCUCGAGAUCGCCCGGCUGCUCCUCGAGGCUGGCGCGGCGGUGGCUCAUGCAGACGCUGAAGGCCUCACGCCGCUAUACGUCGCGUGCUACAUGGGCCACUUCGAGAUCGCGCGGCUGCUGCGCGACACUGGCGCUGACAUCAACCAGGCCGAGGAGAGCGGCGUCACGCCGCUGCUCGUUGGCGUGCCAGGAGGGCCAGCUCGAGUGCGUUCGGCUGCUUCUCGAGGCCGGCGCGGCGGUCGGCCAAGCCAAGCAGAGCGGCGCCACGCCGCUGUUCAUGGCGUGCCAGAACGGCCACCUCGAGGUCGCCCGGCUGCUCCUCGAGGCUGGCGGGGCGGUCAACCAAGCCAAGGAGGACGGCGCCACGCCGCUGUACAUCGCGUGCGAGAGAGGCCAGCUUGAGUGCGUGCAGCUGCUUCUCGAGGCUGGCGCGGCGGACAACGAAGCGGACGAGGACGGCGCCACGCCGCUGUUCAUCGCGAGCCUAAACGGCCACCUCGAGUGCGUCCGGCUGCUUCUCGAGGCCCGCGCGGCGAUCCGCGGCUGGACGCCGCUCGCGCACCUUGAGACCCUCACCGCCGCCCGCACCAACUCCCUCCUCCGCAGCGGCGCAAGCUUGCACGAGGGCGAGCCGACGCCGUUGCGGCGCGCCGCGGGCGGCGAGGGCGAGGCGGCGGCGCUGGUCCGGCGGGCGGCGGCGCCGUGGUCGCCGGCAAGCCACUCGCUCUUCCCCGCGGCGGCCCGCGCGCGGGCGGCGCUCCUCGUUCUCUCGCUCUACGAGAUCCACGAGCGGUACCACCUCGACUCGGCAGGAACCACGAACGGCAUCGCGGCGCUCGACUUUGGCCACUGCGUCUUGGGCUUCGCCAUCGCUCGCGAGACGGAGUAGGGCAGCUGCGGUGAGUGGUUCUGUAGCCUCUCUGUACAUGCACUUUCUCAUCCGUCACCCCGCCCCCUUCCCCUUCCGGAGGCGGAGCCCACCAAGCACCAUGGCCUCGCUCGCGCCCACCCGGACCACGACGU